CCGCAAUCAUGAACGCUUACUUUGUCUAGUUUUGUUCUUGUGGCCGUUAUUUGCAAGAAAUGGCUUCGUGUGCCAUCUCAAACCCAAUUCAUUCUUUCAAGAUCUUGAAGAGAAGUCCUUACAACAGUUUAUUUGGUUGGAACUCUGGCGAGAAAAUAGACAAUCCCCGGUCGCCGCAGAAACUGGUCUACCAUGACGACGUCCAACUUCCUUUCUCUCUUUCGUUGGUAAACAAGACCUUCCUAAAGGGAAGAGAAUUGAAAUGUUGCUACAAAGCAAGCAUCGAUGGGUUUAGUGCUACAAAGUUCCACGAACGUUGCGAUUUCCAAGGUCCAUGUGUAAUCAUAGCUUACACCAACGACAUGUCCUUCAAGUUCGGCGGGUUUAGCCCUGAAGGCUAUCGAAGCACUGAUGAUUAUUACGAUACAUUCGACGCUUUCCUCUUCUAUUGGCUCGACGAUAGCGAUGAACCAAUCGUACUUCCUAAGGUUGGAGGAAGUGGAGCGGCUCUGUUUGAUUAUGCACGCGGAGGGCCUCAGUUUGGAGCUGACGGACUUCUUAUUGGACCUCCUUUAGCGCCCGUGAUGGGCGGGUUUGCGGGUCCGGAUACGAACUCAGGGAUUGGUGAUUUGAGGAUGGCUAAAUCAAGACUGGGUCUGUCAUACGCUAAGAGGAAAGAUGGGAAGGAAUCUAUCUUUGGAGAUGAAAGUAAGGUUACUCUUGACGAUGUCUUGGUCUUUUGUAGCCCUUAUAUUGCUUCUUUGUAUUAGAUUACAAUUACACUAAUAAUUUGAGAACAAAUUUGAAGUAAAAACGUUAGAAUGUGCUUCGCUUUAAAAUGUGAUAUCACAAACAUGACGUGUA